AUGUUGUCCAUGCAGCAGAACAUGAAGCAGGAGUUGGCAGCGAUUGAGGAGCACCUGUCCAUGAGGUCGAAUGACUUUGAAGCAUCUUUGCGGGCUGCUGCGAAUGCCAACCAUGACGCGGUACACACCCUCUUCGCGUCGCACAGCCAAGAAGUGGAGGCCCUUUAUGCGCGGAGCGCUGCGUGUGAAGAAGGGCUGCAAGAUCUGCAGACUCAAUCAUUGCUCCUCGCCGAGUGGAAGGACGGGGCGUCUUCUGACCUUUUCGAAUGUGCGAGGCGAUUGACGGAGGUGGAGAAGGCCACCAAGGAAUUCACGGACAGGAUUUCGACAGGUGGUGGAACGGCUGCUGCCGGCAGAGCAGCAUCAAAAACUGCUGCAGCAGCUGGACUGGAUGAGGGUUUGCGCGCAUCCGUGGUGCCUGAGGAUGCAGGACAGGUGAUGCAAGCAGCCAGGGCGACUUCAAAAAUCGCUGUUGCCCAAGGUGUUGCAUCAGACGAGGUCGACCGGCCGGUUCAGUUUUCCAUCUUGCUUAGCAUGGUCCUUGCUUUCAGAGAACUUGGGAAUUUCUGA